AUGUCUUCGUACAGGGACAUCCCCGAGGAGGUCCUCAACCGCCUCAACAGCAUCUCCGGGUCCUUCAACCCCAGGGACGACGACCAGGAGAGGGUCGCCGCCGUCGUGGCAGAGCACCUGCCCGACGGCUACACCGCCGCCUUCGACGGCUUUGACGGCCCCGGAGACGGCCCCGCCGAGCCAGCCCCCUCGUCCUCCCUCCUCCCCGAGGACGCCGUCGACGACUCGGACGCCGCCCAUGCCGAGUCGUCCCUCCUGCUCCAGGGCGGCGACAUCCACCGCGACCUGUUCAAGAUCCCCGCCCAGCCCCCCGGCAUCCAGCGCGCCAUGACCUUCUCCCACCCCGUGCGCACCGAGUCGCCCGCCGCCGACGAGCUGACCGCAGGCGACAUCAACCAGAUCCAGGGCUUCCGCAGGCACCACGUCCUGCAGAAGCAGAGGACCCAGCGCCCGCGUGGCUUCCAGGGCGGCACCAGCAUGCCCAUCACCCGCAGCUUUGUCGAGUUCCUCGACCUCUACGGCGCCUUUGCCGGCGAGGACCUGGCCGACUCGGACGACGAGGGCGUCACCGACGAGGAGGCCACCCCCUCCGAGCACGCCGUCGACGGGCACGACGACGACGCCGCCAACGCCAACGCCAACGAGGCCACCCCGCUCGUCCGCCGCCGCCCGCACCACGUCCGCCGCAAGUCGUCGCGCGUGCUGCGGCGCCAGGGCGACGCCGGCACCACAAAGACCUUCCUGACCCUCCUCAAGGCCUUUGUCGGCACCGGCAUCAUGUUCCUGCCCAAGGCCUUCUACAACGGCGGCAUCCUCUUCUCGUCCGUCUGCCUCGUCUCCGUCGCCGCCAUCUCCAUGUGGGCCUUCCACCUGCUGCUCAGGUGCCGCACCUCGUGCGGCGGGUCCUACGGCGAGAUCGGCGAGGCCAUCGCCGGGCCGUGGAUGCGCAACGUCAUCCUGACCAGCAUCACCCUCUCGCAGCUCGGCUUCGUCUGCACCGGCCUCGUCUUUGUCGCCGACAACUGGUUCAGCUUCCUGGCCGCCGUCACGGGCGGCGCCAACCCCCUCGGCAUCAAGGCCCUGAUCGCCCUGCAGGCCCUGCUGCUCAUCCCCCUGAGCUUCAUCCGCAACAUCUCCAAGCUCGGCGCCGCCGCCACCCUCGCCGACGCCUUCAUCCUCAUCGGGCUCUGCUACAUCUGGCAGUACGACAUCUCCCACCUCGCCGCCCGCGGCAUGAGCCCCACCGUCGAGCUCUUCAACCCCGGCGCAUACACCCUCACCAUCGGCGCCUCCAUCUUCACCUUCGAGGGCAUCGGCCUCAUCAUCCCCAUCCACGCCUCGAUGCGCCAGCCCGACAAGUUCGAGUACCUGCUCGGCCUGGUCAUGCUCAUCAUCACGGCCAUCUUCACGUCGGUCGGCGCCCUGUGCUACGCCACCUUUGGCGACCAGACGCAGAUCGAGGUCAUCAACAACUUCCCGCAGUCGUCGCGGCUCGUCAACGCCGUCCAGUUCCUCUACGCCCUCGCGGUGCUCAUCGGCAACCCGGUCCAGCUGUUCCCCGCCAUGCGCAUCCUCGAGGGCCGCCUGUUUGGCCACCGCAGCGGCAAGAAGGACCUGCUGACCAAGUGGAAGAAGAACGCCUUCCGCACCGCCCUCGUCGUCAUCUGCUGCGCCAUCAGCAUCGGCGGCAGCACCAACCUCGACCGCUUCGUCGCCCUCAUCGGCAGCGUCGCCUGCGUCCCGCUCGUCUAUGUCUACCCGGCCUUCCUGCACUACAGGGCCGUCGCGUCCACGGCGGGGGAGAAGAUCGGCGACGUGGUCCUGAUGGUGCUGGGGGUCGUGGGCAUGUUUUACACGACGGCUAUCACCAUCUCGAGCAGUUUUGCGUGA